AUGUCGCAGCAAAGGUAAUUGCAAUAUUUGGCAUCCAUCGAACAACACGAAAUGACGAACUUGUCAAUAUGAAGAAGACGAACGUUACUCACGCUGACCAAGUGAUAAUUGUUAAAAUUCCUAAUACCAAAACACAUGAAUCAAAAACGUUCACAAUGAAGAGAGAUUUAGCUGACAUUGUGCGGAAAUACAAGAAAUUCAGACCCACAAAUGCGACAACAGAAAGAUAUUUCCUGAACUACCAGAACGGCAAAUGUACCACUCAAGUCAUUGGUACCAAUAAAUUUUGCAAAACUCUGAAACAAAUUGCAAUUUUUCUGAGAUUUAAAGAUCCUAAUGGGUACACCGGCCAUAGUUUUCGUAGAACGUCCACCACAAUCUUGGUUGGCAAGGGAGCAAAUAUGGCAUUUUUGAAAAGACACGGAAUGUGGAAAUCGGACACAGUCGCUCAAGGAUACAUACAAGAAUUUAUGAACAAUAAAAGGAAAAUUGGAAAUAUGAUUUCCAACGCCAUAAAUUUGGAACCUUCGAGUUCUGCAUUCCCAUCCAUUUCAGAAGGACAUGGGAUCGUGAGAAAACCAAAAACAACAUUGGCUACUUCCAAAAUCGUUCCAGAAGAUGUGACUUCAACAGUGAUAAGCGACAUUCCUGAAAAAAAAAGGAAAUUCCAGAAAAGGGACAAGUUUUAA